UUAUCCUCUUCAAGAAUAUCUUCCUAUCUUCAUUUUCAAUCCAUUAGUUAUUCAUCUCUUCACCUACUCCUCUCUUCCUUCAGUUUUUCUUCCUAUCUUCAACGCCUUUUUUCCUUCAAUUUUUCUUGAGUUUUCUCUCAAUUUCCAACUUUAUGAUUAAUCUUCUUCAAUUCAACUAUUAAUUCUCUUCUUUCUCCUAUUUUUUCUAAAUUCCUUCCUUAUUAUUUGUUUUUUAAUUUUCAUUGCUUUAUUAUUAUCAAAAAAUAGAAAAAAAAGCAGCAAUCGGCCGACAAUCGGCUCAAUGCUUAAUACUUCCUCUCUCCUCAUCUUCUUCCUCUUCCCUCUAAAAAAUUUUUUAAAUGGGAUUUUUUCCAAGCACUUUUUAAAUUUAGCUACAUUUGACUCAUCCACCUUUUCCUUCUUCCUUUUCCUUCAAUUCUUCGCAAAAAAUUCUUCUGUUCCCUUCUCUCCAUGUUCAGUAAUCCUUUCGAGAGUGCUUCGAUGA